AAUUUUACUUUUUCGUAUAAAAAGUCAAUGAAUCGACAAUUUUAGUACGCAGUUUUUCCUUAGUUUAGUUGGAGCAGAGAGAAAACCCGUUCCCAUCAUCAAGACGAAAAUAUGAUUGUAGUUAAAGCGGUCACGUUAGGAUUAAUCCUCUUGGCUUCAGAAAGUCUCGGAAAUAUUUGCUCAGGUCGUUGGAAUGGCGAUCAAGUUCCAAAUCCAUCCGACUGUGGCUCAUUCUAUGUGUGCGACUAUGGUGAGCCGAAGCUCUUUAAAUGCUUGGAAAAUUUGAUGUACGAUCCGGUACAGAGAGUAUGCAAUUGGGCGUAUCUAGUAAAUUGUGGAGCACCGGGUUCUCAACAACAUAUCCCAAUUCUACCAAAUCCGCCAUACUAUCCGCAAUCCCAACCUCAACCCGAAAUGGAACAGCCGAAUAAUAACGUUCACAAUCCUGGCGUAACACAAUAUCCACCACAAUAUCCGACCUAUUCAUAUACUGUACAUGCACCGAAUCUACCAGAAUACAGUGAAACGGACGAAUUUUUCCCCGGACUCGUAGAAUCUACUGGAAAUGUGUUCCAUUGCACAAAUCCUGAUUUCUACUUUGCUCCACAUCCACGAAGCUGUGGAAAGUAUUUCAUUUGCGAAAAUUACCGCAUUCACGAUCAUCAAUGUGGCGAUGGCAUUUUCUGGGAUUAUGUGUACAAUCAGUGCGACUUCCCCGAGAAAUCGUUCUGCUACUCGGGCGAAACACACACCGAUCAUGUUGAUGUAUUCGAGACCGUUGAAACUGUUCCACCGACAUUUGCGACAACAAUAGCACACGAGCCGGGAAAUUGGAUCAACUGUCCUGGAACGCAGGCGUUCGUAGGAGAUCCACGCGAUUGCCAUAAAUAUUAUAUUUGUAUUGGUGGUCUACCGAUUGCCACAUCUUGUCCGGAGAAAAUGGCUUGGGACAAUGAGGUGUCACAGUGUAACGAAGAAGCUUGGGAAAAGUGUUACGGAGAAAAUAUUGAGUGAUCGUGCGUAUUACAAGCACAUAUUGCCUUUACAAAGCUAUACAAAUAUGGCAGAUAUUUCGAAUUUAACAAGAAUUUCAAAUAAAAGUUGAAUGAAACA